CAACUACCAAAGGAGUCAAAGUUUUCUGUUUGGUUACAGAAAUCCCAUGAGGAGCAGAGCCGCUUUGAAAGGGACCGUAUUUCUCAGGCGAAACUCAUCAUGAAACCUUUUAUCCUCCGAAGAGUCAAGAGCGAGGUCCUCAAGCAGCUGCCAGCCAAGGUGGAGAAGGUCGAGUACUGCCCAAUGAGUGAGAAGCAGGAGGUUCUCUACCAGAACAUGUUCAAAAAACUCAAGACUACCAUUAUAGGAGAGAAGCGCGAGUUGUGUAAUGUGAUGAUGCAAUUGAGGAAAAUGGCCAACCACCCUCUGCUUCAUAGACAAUACUACACCACAGAAAAGCUCAAAGCAAUGAGCAAACUCAUGCUCAAGGAGCCAACUCACUUCGAUGCAAACGCUGUUCUGAUCCAGGAGGACAUGGAAGCGAUGUCAGACUUUGAGCUACAUCUGCUGUGCAAGCAGUUCUCCUCCAUCGGCUCUUACCAGCUUGAAACUGAACUCCUGCUUGACUCAGGGAAAUUUCACCUCCUCACAGAGCUGCUGGCCUCACAUAAAAACAAGGGUGACCGAGUGGUAUUAUUCAGUCAGUUCACCAUGAUGCUGGAUAUUGUCGAGGUGCUGAUGCGACAUCUUAAGCAUCGUUAUGUCAGACUGGAUGGAUCCACACCCAUAGCCGACAGGAUUGGGUUGAUUGAUGAGUACAACACGGAUCCUGACAUAUUUGUGUUCCUGUUGUCAACACGUGCUGGUGGCCUGGGCAUCAACCUCACAUCCGCUAAUAUUGUCAUCCUACAUGACAUUGACUGCAAUCCCUACAAUGACAAACAGGCAGAGGACAGAUGUCACCGCGUAGGCCAGACCAAGACUGUACAGGUGAAGAAGCUGAUCAGCAAGGACAGCAUAGAGGCCAUCAUGCUGCAGCUGGGCCAGAGGAAACUGAAGCUGGAACAGGACAUGACCGCUGCUGAAGGUGGUGAGGGGACCAUACCAGAAGAUAUGGCGUCUUUGCUCAAAGCCUCACUGGGACUGUGAUACACAAAGUGAUGAACCUUGAGCCUGAACAAAUAGACUUUUGAUGGCAUCCCUGUGAUUCUGGGCAGACUUCAGUGUUUUGACUGAAUACAUUUUUUGUAUCGAUACUGGAAAACUACUGAGAACCAUAUGCCCACCAUUAAAGAGAAAAAAGUUCUGAUAUUAAGAUCUAAUCUACAUGGAUGAGCUGUGCCUAAAAUAUUGUUUUUUUACAUGCAAACACAUCAGUUGUUCCUACUUUAAAUACGAGAGCAGUAUAGAGGCACAACUAAAAUGCUGCCUUCUUAAUGUUUGCAUAUGUUACACAAGGAUUCUCUGUUAAAACUUGAAAGAAAGGGUUAAGAAUUUCAGAUCAAACCAUUAGUAAUGCAGCAAGUGUUGGAGUACACUGCACUCGAACAAAAUAAUGUUCUAAGUUCCCAGAACACAUGCAGUCUUAUAUCAUGAUACUCACAUCAAGGUGGUGUAUGCUGAUUGGGUAAAUGAUGCAUACUGGCGCUCUUGGAUGGAGGAAAUGUUGAACUUCUAGUACAGAAGAUGUAGGAUGAAAGAUCUUUUAACAUUUUUCCUACCCGACAGUGUUGCAUUGGGCCUAAUGUACCGCUCUUAGUUGCCGGCUUCUAAAAAGAAGAGUUCUUUACAUCAAAUGUGUUUUGCUUAUUUGGUCCACAGCAGCAGAUUAGAAAACUACAUGAAUUGUUCCCAUUUACAUUAAUUUGCUGUGUUACCAUAUUCAAGAUGGCAGUUUUUCAUCAGAAAGUCAACCAAGAAUCUGAUUAAUUGAAUUCUGUUAUUUGUCCAGUUUUCACCUUUCUUGGCAAAGAUCGAAUUACAUUUGUAUACAGACGUAACGUGGUUGUAGUCGGUGCAAUUAUUCCAGGUUUUUUUAGUUUAAAACUAGAAAAAUGUGAAAUAGAAUGUUUUAACGGUGCAUUAAUUGGUUUCUCUGCUGUUUCUACUCCUUUUUUAAAUAUCUUGAGCUCAGUGAAGGAGGAAAGGAUUUGAACAAACAGCUGCUGCAUCCAUGUACUGUAUUCAAAGUGGCUAAUGUAUUGUGAGUGUAAAAGCUUUAAUAAGUAAUUUGUAUGUUUCUAAGGUCGCUGUUUAAAAGUGAUUAAUAAAAAAAUUGAAUAA